AUGUGUCAAUCCGACCUGCACGACUUCCUCCACGGUCUCCCUAAAUGCGAGCACCACGUCCAUCUGGAAGGCUGCCUCACCCCGGAGCUGAUCUUCCAGCUAGCCGCUAAAAACGGCGUGCAACUACCCCAGGACCCAGCCUACGAGUCCGUAGCGACUCUAACGCAGCGCUACGGCCACUUCACGUCGCUGGAUGACUUCCUCGGCUUCUACUUCACGGGCAUGUCCGUGCUCCAGCACGAGUCUGACUUCGCCGACCUCGCCUGGGCCUAUUUCCAGAAAGCCCACGCCGACGGCGUCCACCACGCUGAAGUCUUCUUCGAUCCCCAGGUGCAUCGCGAUCGCGACAUUCCCUACGCUACUAUUGUCGCGGGCUUCGUGGCGGGCUGCAAGCGCGCUGAGCAGGAACUCGGCCUCUCCACGCGUCUCAUCCUCUGCUUUGUGCGCCAUCUCUCUGUCGAGUCGGCUGCUUCGGUCUAUGAGGAGGCUCUGGCGCAUCAGUCCUUCGACACGGACCUCGUCCAUGGCCUGGGAUGGUCCUCGACGGAGGUCGGGCCCCCCAAGGAUAUGUUCCGGGAGUUGUACGGCGCUGCCUCGGAGCGGGGGAUCCGGCUGACGGCGCACGCGGGCGAGGAAGGCGAUGCGUCGUACAUCAGCACAGCGUUAGAGCUGGGGGCUAGACGGAUCGACCACGGGAUUCGGCUCGUCGAGGACCCCGUGCUGAUGGACCGUGUGGCCCGCGACGGCGUCAUGCUGACCGUGUGUCCGAUCUCGAAUGUGCAGCUGCGGUGCGUCAAGUCCGUCGCGGAGGUGCCGAUCCGGACGUUCCUGGAGGCGGGCGUCAAGUUCUCGAUUAACAGUGACGAUCCGGCGUACUUUGGGGGGUAUAUUCUGGAUAAUUACUGUGCUGUACAGGAGGCGCAUCAGCUCUCGGUGGAUGAGUGGAAGGUGAUUGCGCAGAACAGUGUCAGUGAGAGUUGGAUUGAUGAGCAGAGGAAGGCGGAGUUGUUGGGGCAUAUUGAUACUCAUGUUGAAAGGCAUGUGGCUGUGGCUGUAUGA